UAAGCCUAUUUAUACCCAACAGUAGACACGUCGGAUAUCUCAAUGUGUGUUUAACACACAACAGUAAAACCAGAAGCAAUUCAAAAAUUGUUUUGGUCAUUCGAGCACUCCCACUUCCGAAGGAUGCAUACCGUGAGUGGCAAGAACCUGAGCAGCGAAGAGUUAGAGGAAGUCCACAAGUGGCUGCUCCAGAACAGCAUCAGCACCCACAGGUUGCGCCGCGAGUUCUCCGAUGUGUUGCCCCUCGCCGAGGUGUUGAAGCGCGACUAUCCGCGCCUGGUCGACCUGUACAAUUACCCGAAGAAGAGCAGUGUGCAGCUGAAGCUGGCCAACUGGGAGACGUUCAACUUCAAGGUGCUGUCCAAGUUCAACAUGACGCUGAGCAGGGACUUCAUGGACCAGCUGGCCAACGGGGUCAACGGGGCCGCGGAGGUGCUGCUGCACGAGGUGAUCCGGCUGGAGAAACGGCAGCGGGUGGCCGAGGAGCGCAAUGCGGCGAUGCGGCAGGAACAGGCCUGGGAGGAGAACGACGAGGUGAAGACGGUGGUGGUCAACAAGCAGGUGGGGGACGGCAUCGUCCAGGUGCCGCAGAAGAUGAUUCUCUACUCGCUCUACGAAAAAAUGGCACGGGACAGUCAGGCCAAGGACGUGAUCAUCGACGCCUACCAGCAGCGACUGGCCCACAUGGAGAGCAUAAUCAAGAUCAAGUCGGAGCGGAUCGACGAGCUCCUGAUGCAGAUGGGCAAAAUACCCCAGAAGGGAGCCACUGGCGCCGCGUCCAACUGCUGCCUCGCAUUCGAGACGAAGGACUCCGUACGCAAGCGUCCGAGUCUCACUCCCAUUUCAUCUGGCGACCCGGACUGUGCCACCUGAAUGCGGAUGUGUUUCAUUUAAAAAGUUGCGGUUUUACCGAUUUGUAGUUACAGAGAUUGUUAAAGGAACCAAAUUACCGAUUACAGAUAAAUAGACUACAGAGCAGAAGAAGUUUGUGCAGUCAGGGGCCAUUUGUUUAGCGCUGUCAAUAGUUGCAAUAUUCUUAAUGCAAACAUUAAAGUGUAUGGUUAUUUUA